GGUGCAGCUGGCUGUGAACCGCCGCACGGAGGAGGCCGUGGCUGUGAAGAUCGUGGACAUGAAGCGCGCGGCAGAGUGUCCCGAGAACAUCAAGAAGGAAAUCUGCAUCAACAAGAUGCUCAGCCAUGAGAACAUCGUGCGGUUCUACGGCCACCGGCGGGAAGGGCCCACCCAGUACCUGUUCCUGGAGUAUUGCCGCGGCGGAGAGCUCUUCGACCGCAUCGAGCCAGAUGUUGGGAUGCCAGAGCCCGAGGCACAGCGCUUCUUCCAGCAGCUGAUUGCUGGCGUG